AAAAAAAAAAAAAAAAAGUUCCUGAUUUGAAAGAGUUUACUAAAGAUAUAAAUUCAAAAUUGAAAAAAUUUUUAAAAGCAUAAGCGAAUUAAUUUUUUUUUUAAUCGGCGAUAUGAUUUCUCUGAUUUUUUAUUUCUCUCAUAAUUAAAUAAAAAAGGAACAAACAUAAAUGCGGAAAAAUAAUUUUCUAUGUUUAAAAUACUGAUACUGGAAAGUUUAUAUAUUUUUAAGUUACGGCAACGAUUUAAAGGUUUAAAGUAAAAAACAUAUGCAAUGUUGUCAAGUUUUAAGUUAUUGAAAUAGUACGUAGAAUUUUUGUAUUUUUAAAAAUAGUGGUUCGGUUUUAAUAUAUCGAAGUUGUACUUUAAAAAGAUUUUUCUAGUUAAAAAAAAAUAUUUUAUAAGGUAACUUUAAAAUAAUAUUUUUUUUUAUUAAAAAUGUCAAUUUAUCCUGCAAAACUACACCCAAUACAUUUUUAUAUAAAGCACUAAAUUAGCAGUAGGCCAAAACAUAUGUUUGCAGCAAAUAAAAUUAAUGAUACAAUAAACAAUAAAUUGUUUUUAAAAAGCUUAUAUUUAAAAACUUUCCAUCGAUAUAAAAUUCGAAAGAUCAAAGCCGUAAAGUCGUCACUAAGUGGGCAAUAAAACAAGAUAAUACAAUGGCUGUCUGUAGAAUAACCGCCUUAAAACCCAUCUAGAUGGAGUUCAUUAUGAAAACCUUUUCAGAUCGCGAUAUAAAUAGGCAGUGGAUAUGUAUUAUUAAUUUGCAGGCACCUUAAUAAACUCCACUCCCCUUGACAACGAAUUCAAUAUAUAAAAAUAAAUAAUUUCAACCAGGGAUUCAACUAUGUUUAGUUAACAACAGCAGUUCAUUGCCUCCAGCUCCGUUUGCCAUUUAAGCAAACAAGUCAAAAAAUACAUUUAAACAAUAAUGUUUUCAUGCUGGCUUUAGCUAUUUAUUUCGAUUUUUCGGCUUUGAUUAGCUGGUUUCUAGACAUAAAUUUAUUGUUUUGUACACUUUUAAUUUCAUUUUAUUAGCUUCGAGUAAUAAAUCAUUUAUUUAUUUAAUUUUCCCCUGCAAUCAGCCAAAUGUGAAGUUGUUAUCCCCGUGCUCUCCUCUCCUCCUCUUGACCACUUUUUUUCUUCGUUUUGCCGUUUCCUUUUUGCAAAUAACUCGAGAAGUGGAGGGAAAAAACGCAGACGCCUUUCACUUGCAUGGCUGUUGCUCGAUUUGUUGUUGUUAUUAUUAUUACUGUUGUUACACACACACAUUCACAGCUCGCAUACAUCUUUUAUAAUAUUUAUUAUUUACAUUUGAAGUUGCCGUCGCUCUCGCUUUGUUUACUACGCCUUUCCCUCUCAUCCUUCUCCACCGUGCUCUGGCCAUCCCCUUCGCUUUUCACGCAUUUUGUUUUGUCCGCUCUGUUUUGCUACCUUUCCACUUCCUCGUUUUCCGUGUGUGUGUAUUCCUUUUUCCCUCCCCUUCGCUUUGUUUAUUUUUACACCCGUAUCUCUUAUGCUCUGUCUCUCGCGCGAAAAUUCCUCAAAUUCUUUUUUGUCCACAUUUUCCAGCGGGAAAAACGAGUUUUUCCAGCAGCGCCGCAUUCUUGGCCCUCCCUCUACCUCUCUCUUUCUCGCUCUUCUCCGUCUCUGCUUCUUGUUUGUUUACAGUUAGGAAUGCGGUCGGCCUCUCUCUUACAAAAAGAGCAAAGAGAGUGCUGUGGACUCGGUUUGGAACUUGUUUUCGAAUUGUUUAUUUAUAAAAGUCGCUGGCAAACAAUUACAGUGCAACAAUUGCGCUCUCAAAAGUAGCGCGCAACUUGUUCGCCUUGUAAAAAAAUUGCGACGCCAACGGAGACGCGACUGCGCUGCUUUGGCCCCAUUUGUCUGAGAGAGCAGUCUCUCUUGGCCCGCUCUCUCGUGUAGCGCUCGGCCCCACUCGGCGCUUCUCGGCCUGAGGAGCUCAUCACAGGUCUCGCCAGGGCAUAGUUUUUUGUUGGAUUUCAAACCGAACGCUUCGUGUACGCGGCGUUCCACUCACGCACACACACACCCACACCGCGGUGGCAUUGAUAUACAUAUACACAUAUGUGUUGUGUGGUGGUGCGAUUAAAUAAUACUCCACAAAAGGCCAAACAAAUUACAUAAAUUCGGAAUCGGAAUCAAAAUAAGUGUCCUCCGUGUUGUGUUCAAAGUAUAACCGAUUGUUUUCAUUAGUCAAUUUAAAUAGUAAAACGUAUAUAUGUGAGCAAGUUCCUAUCGAAAAAACAGACACACAUACAGCGUCUCGUUUCUUAUAAAUUUUCCUACUGCGCCGGAAUUAUCGUCUUGAUUAUUGUUAUUGUUGUUGUUUCUGGCGAAUUCCUGGCAAGUUUUUGUGUUUUGUUUCAACAAACAUAUACAACGUGAGAUUAAUAAUUUGUGCAAAGCAAAAAAAAAACGACAGUGUGAAAAAUCAAAGCGAGCAAAUAAAUAAAAUUAAAAACCCCAACACAUACAUAUAUAUAUAUAUAGACAGAUAUAUAUAUAUAUACAGACACGCGCAGAGCCGAAAAAAUACGCGCGCUUUAUUGAGUGUGUGGGUACGCUGGCUCUUCUUCUUCCUGCGUGUGCCCAUUGGAAUUUGUACCCCAAAUCGAAAUUACAACAUACACAAACAGAGAGCGGUCAUCUCGCUCUCUCCCACCCGCCUAGUAUUCGCAGCCAGGAAAGUGGAGUAGAGAGAGAGAGAAAGGAAAGGAGCGCCAAGUUUUGUAAUCGUUGAUGCUCCAUAGCUUAAAAAUUAACGGUACACAGCAGCAGCUCCAAUCAGCGCCAAGCAGCGGCGCCAGCGGCAUCGCAGCCACCGCCGUCGUCUCAGUUGCAGCCGCCUCGAGCAGCAGCAACACAGCCGAUUGCAGCGACAGCAGCAACAGCUUCGAGCAGCAGCAGCCGUUCAACAUUGCUGCCACGACGGCGACAUCGGCAACAGCGGCAACGAUGCCGGCUAUGGCCAAGGAGAAAACCCUAACACCAGUGUCCUUGGGCGAGUCCAACUUCAGGGAUUACAAGCUGAAGGAGCUGGCCGUGGUCGUUGAAGCCAUGGCGACCACAGCGGCGACGCGGCUGCAGCAGCAGCAGCAGCAGAAACACACGUGCGGCCGCUGCGAGGUUUCGGCAACGGCGGCCAGUGAGAACAACAACAACAGUCGCUACGGCAGCAGCAACAUGUAUCUGACGAACGGCCACUCAUCGCCUUUGGCGGCAGCGGUUGCCAGCAACAACAGCUCUUCGGCAGCCACGGGCCCACAGUGCAGUAAGUUGUGCUGUUUGCAGCAGUACCAGAAUGGCAUGUGCGAACUGACGCAGAAGCAGCAGAUACUGGGCAUGUGGCAGCAGCAGCAUCAGCAGCAGCAGCAGCACCACCAACACCAGCAGCAGCAACAGCAACAGCAACAACAUCAGCUAAAGCAACAGCAGCAGCAGCAGCAACAACAACAGCAGCAGCAGCAGCAGCAACAACAACAGAAUCCUGCGCCCAGAAUGUCGGCCAACGAUUACAUUUUUGGUCGUUACAUCGGAGAGGGCAGCUUCAGCAUGGUUUACCAGGCCGUGGACAUUCACAAGCGCCGCGAGUAUGCAAUCAAAGUGUGCGAGAAGCGGCAGAUCCUGCGGGAACGGAAGCAGGACUACAUCAAGCGGGAGCGCGAGGUGAUGCACCUGAUGACCAACGUGGCCGGCUUCGUCCACCUGUCCUGCACGUUCCAGGACCAGCGCUCCCUCUACUUCGUGAUGACGUACGCGCGCAAGGGCGACAUGCUGCCGUACAUCAACCGCGUGGGCAGCUUCGACGUCGCCUGCACGCGCCACUACGCCGCCGAGCUGCUGCUGGCCUGCGAGCAGAUGCACCGCCGCAACGUGGUGCACCGCGACCUCAAGCCCGAGAACAUCCUGCUCGACGACGAUAUGCACACGCUGAUCGCCGACUUCGGCUCCGCCAAGGUGAUGACGCCCCACGAGCGGGCCAUGGCCACGGAGCACUGCUCGGAGCAGCGGCGCAGCCACUCGGACGACGACGACGAGGACAGCGAUCGGCUGGACAUAGAGGACGACGAGUACUACGACCGCGACUCGGAGGAGCUGGACGACGGCGACUGUGACGAGGAGCACCAGCCCCAGCAGCAGCAGCAGCAGGACGAGAUGGACUCGCCGCGGCACCGCCAGAAGCGGUACAACCGCUGCAGGAAGAGCAGCUUCGUCGGCACCGCCCAGUAUGUCUCGCCGGAGGUGCUCCAGAACGGACCAAUCACACCAGCGGCCGACCUGUGGGCGCUCGGCUGCAUCGUCUACCAGAUGAUCUCUGGGCUGCCGCCGUUCCGCGGCAGCAACGACUAUGUCAUCUUCAAGGAGAUCCUCGACUGCGCCGUCGACUUCCCGCCGGGCUUCGACAAGGACGCCGAGGACCUGGUGCGCAAGCUGCUCAAGGUCGACCCGCGCGACCGCCUGGGAGCGCAGGACGAGUUCGGCUACUACGAGAGCAUCCGCGCGCACCCCUUCUUCGCCGGCAUCGACUGGCAGACGCUGCGCCAGCAGACCCCGCCCCCCAUCUACCCCUACCUGCCGGGCGUGAGCCAGGACGAGGACUGCCGCUCCAGCUACAGCGUGCCCGGCGACUUGGAGCCGGGUCUCGACGAGCGCCAGAUCUCGCGGCUGCUCAGCGCGGAGCUCGGAGUGGGCAGCAGUGUGGCCAUGCCCGCCAAGCGGCCGACAGCUAAAAAUUCCUUUGACCUGAGCGACGCCGAGAAGCUGCAGCGCCUGGAGCAGCAGAAGACCGACAAGUGGCACGUGUUCGCCGAGGGCGAGGUGAUCCUCAAGAAGGGCUUCGUGAACAAGCGCAAGGGUCUGUUCGCCCGCAAGCGAAUGCUCCUGCUGACCACUGGACCGCGGCUCAUCUACAUCGAUCCCGUGCAGAUGAUCAAGAAGGGCGAGAUCCCGUGGAGUCCCGAGCUGCGCGCCGAGUACAAGAAUUUCAAGAUCUUCUUUGUCCAUACGCCAAAUCGCACCUACUACCUGGACGAUCCCGAGGGCUACGCCAUCCACUGGUCGGAGGCCAUCGAGAACAUGCGCAAGCUGUCCUACGGCGACGCCUCCUGCCCUUCCACAUCCACCUCCGCCUCCGCCUCCGCAUCAGCAGCGUCCUGCUCGAGCGGCAGCAGCAAUAGCCUGGCUGUCACCUCGAAUUCCUCCGCCGCCUCCUCGAGCAGUUCGCCGACGGCGCGACGCAGCUCGCCGGUGAACGCCUCCCAGUCAUCGACGGCGUCGUCCGACACACGGACGUCGGGCAGCAGCAGCAGCAGAGCAGGAACGUCGCCGAGCAAGAAGACGGCGUCCAAGUGAACGUGAUCGUCACCCUAGUUCUAGUUGUAGCAAUGUGAAAUUAAAUUCUAAUUUAGUUGAAAUUUAGUGCAAAGAAGAAAGGCGGGUGGAGGACGCCGAGUGGGAGGGAUUAGCAGUAAGCAGUAAGCAGGAGGAGUAGGCAUAGCGUAGGUGAUAGAGAGAAACUAGUGCUAAUUAGAACCCAAUUUCUGUUUCUUCGUUUUAUAUUGUGCUUAGGGCCGAGAAUACUACACUAAUCUAAACAAACAUAACUAACCUAAAGUAAAGUAAAGUAAAUUCAGUUAGAAACUUAAAUUAAAUAUUUAUAUACAACAACAUGAAUACACAUAUAUUCGUAUUUAGAGCGUAGUUAGUCACAAUUUAAACGAAUUACCGAACUAGGAUCACAUUCAAGUGCAGAUCAAGAUAUAAGAUGGGAACGAAGGCGUUCUGGUGGCAUUCUAGGCUUAUACCUAAACUAAUUUCACGAAGCAAGCAAGAAGCCAAGCCGUAUUUCAAUUGUGAAUUAUUAGAAAAAUGUGUGAAAACUGUAAUAUAUAUAUUAUGUAUGUACGUGUACGUAAGUCUGGAUAAGUGGGUUUUGUGUUUCUGUGUUACAGUGGCAAAAAGAUCGCGUAUCUUUUCAUGUAAAUUUUGUAAACAAACUAAACUAUGUAAAGAACUAUAUUAGAUAUAAAUCUGCGCACGGCAAAAGAGCCUAAUGACGUUGGGAAGGAGAUGGGUUGGAUGUUUUCGCAACUCCGCCGCUCAGCUUUCUAGUUAAUUAUAAUCUAAUGUUCUAUGCUAAUUAUCAUUAUUUAUCAUUGUCAUUAUGCUUUUCGUUUACCUAUUUGCCCUAUGAAGAAAUGUAUAAGACUUGAACUACUCUAAUUGUAACCCUAAUGAAAGAACGAAUUUCGAAUUUGAUUUAAUCUUUAUUUUUUACUAGUAAGAGCCGCCACUAGAAACUCAUUCCCCGGCUGAUAGAUUGGUCGCCAGAUCACCCGUUUCCAACUGAGUGUUGAGUGUAAAGCAAGUCUUAUACAAUACAAUGUAAAGUGUUGAGUGUAAAGCAAGUCUUAUACAAUACAAUGUAAAGUGUAAUAGAUCUAAGACAGACUGGGAAAAGUUUCUAAAUCUCGCGCGUAUUAGUUAAAUUUGUAAUCGUCUAAGUUGCGCCCACUACUACCACUACUCUAGACCACGCCCAUCCCAUCCCCUCCCAUCUGUAUCUUUAAGCUGUAGAGAAUAAGAGGCAGUCGCGAUGAGCAGGAGCAGCAGGAGUAGCAGCUGCAGGAGCUGCAGGAGUAGAGUGUACAGUGUAAGGAACCGAAGUUGAAAGAAAGCAAAAAAUACAAGUUGUACAUACAUAUCGCCUUGGGGCGUGGCAGCGGCUAGCAGCCGCGGCAGUCGAUAUAAAUCUAAAUCUAAACCUAAACCUAAACCUAAACCUAAUUUAACUUGUUUGUAACUCCUAAGUAAAUUAUUUUUGCUAACCCUAAGUAAAUUAAAUUUAACGCAAGAUGCAAACCACACACACAUAAGUAUACAAUUAAUUAAAUUAAACGAAAAUUACGAGAUGUCAUAGAGCAGAGAGAGCCACUAAUAGUGAGAGAACGUGUAAAAUAAAUAUUUAAACAAAUUA